GGCGGUAAUACACCAACCCUCACAGAGCUGAAAGAAGAAGAAAGACCACACGAAAGCAGGAGAGAAAGAGAAGAAAUGAGGAAUACGAAAGGCGUGUAAGUUGUGAUGGAUCGCUUUGACAGCAGUGACAGGAAGCCGGAGGAAGACACAGACGCGCUGAGCUCGGUGCCAUGGGCGCGUUUCUCCGCCUGGCUCGAGUGUGUGUGUGUUGUUACCUUCGACCUCGAACUCGGACAAGCCAUAGAGUUGAUCUACCCACAUGAUGCUAAACUUACAGAGAAGGAGAAAACAAGCAUAUGUUACUUAUCCUUUCCUGACUCAUUUUCAGGAUGCCUUGGGGACACACAGUUCAGUUUUAGGCUGCGCCAGUCUGUGGGACGAGUUAGCAGCACAUGGUUUGGAGAGAGAGAUGCGUACAACAGGGAAGCACCACUAAUACUGGAGAAGGAGAUGGCUCACUUCUAUGGCUAUGUGUACUUUAGACAAGUAAAGGAUGUCUCUGUCAAAAGGGGCUACUUUCAGAAGUCUCUGGUGCUGGUGUCCAGACUGCCGUAUGUUCACUUGUUCCGGUCUCUCCUCCACAUCAUUGCUCCUGAGUACUUUGAGAAGUCAGAGCCUUGUUUGGAGGCAGCUUGCAAUGAGAUUGACCAGUGGCCCCCACCUGUGCCAAGCCAGACGCUCAGUUUGCCUGUGAUGGGAGUCGUCUUGCAGGUCAGAAUUCCUUCAAAAGAUGACAAACCAGGAGGAAGUCCUAACAAACAGGGACAGAAAGAGAAACAUCUCUCUUCUCCCAUGGUUCUCCCUACCAUCCAUGAGCUGGAUCUUUUCAAGUGUUUCCAGUCUGUCCUCAUUCACAUACAGUUGCUGUGGGAGCUGAUGUUGCUAGGAGAGCCGUUGGUCGUCAUGGCGCCCUCUCCAGCUGUGUCGUCAGAGACGGUGCUGGCUCUAGUUAGCUGCAUCAGUCCACUGAAGUACCGCUGUGAUUUUCGGCCUUACUUUACCAUCCAUGACAGUGAGUUUAAGGAGUACACUACCAGAACUCAGGCACCGCCUAAUGUAUUACUGGGUGUUACGAAUCCUUUCUUUAUAAAGACCUUUCAGAGCUGGCCUCACAUCAUGUGUCUGGGGGAGUUGAAGAUGUCCAGAGAUUUGCUAAAACAAAUUAAGGUCAAGAAAUUGACCAAGCUGAAAACGCUGGACACAAAACCAGGUAUAUACACCGCAUACAAAACGUUUCUUCAUAAAGACAAAGCCCUAAUCAAGCGACUCUUAAAGGGAAUUCAGAGGAAAAGGCCUUCUGAGGUGCAGAGCACCAUCUUGAGGCGGCAUUUGUUAGAACUGACACAGAGUUUUAUCGGUCCAUUGGAGCGAUACCUGGCCAGCUUGAUGCCACUGCAAAUAUCCAUGACUCCUUGGAAGACUCCUCCUCAGAUCCGACCCUUCAGUCAGGAUGAGUUCAUGGCCACUUUGGAUCAUGCAGGGCCUCAGAUCACCUCCAUGCACAAAGGGGACUGGCUGGGCCUUUAUAAGCAAUUCUUUCAGUCUCCUAAUUUUGAUGGCUGGUUUCGUGCUAAGCACAGGGAAAUGACAGAUAAGGUGGAAUGCCUUCAUUUACAGGCCAUCUGUGAUGCUGAUCUGAUGAGUUGGACAAAAGACAAGUCAGAGGUGGAGACCAUUGACCUGAUUUUAAAAUUGCGUGAAAAAUUGACGAGAGCUCAUAUGCAUCAGCUUCCCGUGAAGGAAGAAUUACUGGAUAAGCUGGAAAACUACAUCCAAUCUGUGAUCAGCUCUCUGCCACAGGAUCUGCAGACAGUACUAUACAAAGACUGACAUUAACAUGAUUUUAAUGCAGGGAUCAAACUCAGAUUUCAUCAGGUAGCACUGGUGCUCCCGUUUCAGCAGGUUAGGAGCACCAGCAUUAACAAAAAUACAGAAGCACCCACGGAAGUGUUUGUGGUAGCAGUAUACAGUAUGUGUGUGGCGUCUGCAAUCUGCGUGCAGCAGAGUGAAGCCAUAGGGGUGAAGGGUUAGAAAUGUGGCCUAGCUACCUAAUAUUAAGCUUCACUGUUGUUAUUAGUGAGAAGAAUUUAGGACUUAAUGUUCGAUAAAGUAAAAUAAAACAGUAAAAUAAGGGGUGUAGUUAUUUUAAAAGGUGUACACCAUUCCUGUUGCACAAAGCAAACAUCUGCAUAUUUUGCUUUAUAGAGUUUUAGUGAUGUUAAUUUAAUGAUUACAUGCCAUCUGUAGUUGUGCCAAAACUGGUAUGUUUACAGAAGUAUAAAAGUGAACCUCACUGCACUUCAUGUCAUUAUUUUCUCUACUAUAUUUUUUCCAUGCUCCAUACAUAAUACACUAUAUGGUCAAAAGUUUGUGCACCCCUGACCAUCACACCUAUAUGAGCUUGUUGAACAUCCCAUUCCAGAUUAUUCCCCCUGUGUUUGCUGUUAUAAUGAGCUCCACUCUUCUGGGAAGCUUUCCACUAGAUGUUGGAGCGUGGCUGUGGGGAUUUGUGUUCAUUCAGCUACAAGAGCAUUAGUGAGGUCAGGCGCUGAUGUUGGGAUGUCGAGGAGGUCUGGGGUUCAGUCGGUGUUCCAGUUCAUCCCAAAGGUGUUCAGUGGGGUUGAGGUCAGGGCUCUGUGCAGGACACUCGAGUUCUUCCACUCCAACCUUCACACACCAUGUCUUCAUGGAGCUCGCUUUGUGCACAGGGGCAUUGUCAUGCUGAAACAGGUUUGGGUCUCUUAGUUCCAGUGAAGGGAAACUGUAAAGCUACAACAUACAAAGACACUCUAUACAAUUGUGUGCUGUGCUUCAGACUUUGUGGCAACAGUUUGGGGAAGAACCACAUAUGGAUGUGAUCAUCAGGGUGCACAUACUUUUGGUCAUAUAGUUUAUAUCUUAUGUACUUGUUAUAAUGCCCUGAAUACUUUUUAAUUUUAUUAAAUAACAAAUAAAUUGUCAAGCAGAAAACUGGUUUCAGACUUGAGUAGAAGUGAAUGCAUUGCAUUAGAUCACUUUUGGAGGCUCAGUCAAACUUUUACAGAGUGUAGAAUUUGUGUGGAAUAUCAUAUACACUGUUAUCUAUAUUUUAAAAUUAUUAUACUGCCCUAUUAUGUAUCCUGUAAUAGUUAUCAAACUCACAUAAGUCCCUUACUGUAAGUAUUUAUUUAUAUUAUUUAUCUAUUCUUGGGUGUUUUCAUUAAAAGGUUAGCAGGCACUGA